GUGCUCCAGUACAUUACUUUGUAUUAUGUACAAGCUGGGGCAUUGUGGCGGGGAUGUGAGAUUGAGGAGGAUCAUCUCGGGACAUUUGGAAGUGCGUGACUUCUAUGACCACGAAGAAGAUGAUGUCGGAGGCUACAUAGCCGACUUCAAGCAACGCGUUGCAGUAAAAGGACGUGCGAUUCCACAUCGUCGGGGACGUCCGGUAAGUCGUCUCAGUUUGAGACGACGACGCCCUGCUGCAGAAGCGCUCGAUGAAGUCGUACCAGCACGUAAAGCACGAAUCGAGGCCGUACGGCAUAUUCCACGUAAUAAGCGGAACAUAUCCGUGAUCAUAUUAUCAUCCGAUGAUUUGCAGGAAAUCGCAGCGUUUCGUGCGCUCACCCCAGUUGAAGAAGAAUACCAUGAUAUUUCGCUACGAGGUAUGAACUUUUUAUUAGAUAUUUCAUACACGCCGGUAUCGAUUCGAUUGAAUCAUUAG